CCACGCCAGCGUUAUGACUGCGUAAGAUCUGUUAAAAAUAUCUGUUUCCUUCCCACAGAAACAGUUUUAGACGUGCUGAUCCAAGUACAUCGACAACAUGGAGGCCGUUAGAGCCUUCAACAAUGAGCUCUCUUCAUUGUACGAGACCCGGCCGCCCAUAUCUCGGGCAAAAAUGGCCAAUGUCACCAAAGGUGCAAUAAAAGCAAUAAAAUUCUACAAACAUGUUGUGCAGAGUGUAGAAAAAUUCAUUCAAAAGUGUAAACCAGAGUACAAAGUUCCAGGGCUAUAUGUGAUAGACUCCAUAGUUCGACAAUCUCGUCACCAAUUUGGAUCAGAUAAAGAUGUAUUUGCACCAAGAUUCACAAAAAAUGUUGUCGCAACUUUCCAAAAUCUACUUAAAUGUCCAAAUGAGGAAAAGAGUAAAGUUAUCAGAGUGCUAAACUUGUGGCAGAAAAAUGGUGUUUUUCAAAGUGAGAUAGUACAGCCCUUACUUGACUUAGCUGUGGACUCAAAUGACAUGAAUCUUGUAGCUGCUGCUCAAAGAGCUGUGGACAAUCUGUCGGCAAGCAAGGCUGGACCAAGUGCUGCUGGUCAGUCUGCACCACCCCAGCCCAACGCAGCUGAAGGAAGUGGUGAUGGUAUGGAAAUAUCUUCACAGAAUGACAUGCUCAACACUGUCACGCAGCUCCUUCAGCAGACCCAAACGGUAGGGUAUGACUCGGGAGCCACAAGUCUCAGUGCCCAACAACAACAGUUACAACAGCUUCAGUUACUUCAGCAACAGCUGAUACAACAAACACAAUUAAUGCAACAGGCACCUUCUCAACAAGGCUCAUCUCAUGCUAUUGAUAGUAAUCUUCUCUCCCAUAUACAGACUCUUACAAACCAGCUUCUCAACAAGACUGACAAGUCCACUGAGGGAGGCUUUAAUAAGAAAUUACUAGAUUUUGACUAUGGUGAAAGUGAUGAUGAAGACGAGCAUGGGAUGCCCGGUGGAGGAGGGGGUGGCGGAGUGCCAAAUCUUUUAAAUGAUCCAGCUUUCUUGCAACAAAUACAACAGAUGUCUCAAACUAUUCAGAAGACCGAGCAGAUACAAAAUGAAUUGAGCAUGCAGAAGCUUUUACAACAACAAGCUGAAUUCGACCAGCAAAUUAGACAGCCUCCAAUGUCACAGAUGCCCUCCCUCAUGCCCCCUGAACCACAUCCCCCUCCUCCAAUGCAGCCAGGGUAUCCAAUGAUGCCUGAUCAUCAGCCACCUCCAGAGGAUUAUCAUGACAUAGAUGAACGAGCUCAGGAGCCCAUGGAAGAGGAGCGUCACAGAGACGAUAGAGAUCGGGACCGUAAACAUCGCAGAUCAAAGCAAUCUUCAAGAGAUCGAUCUCGUUCUAGAACACCUAAAAGAAGGAGGCGCACAAGGUCACGAUCUAGAGACAGACGCAGACGAUCACGGUCACGAGACAGGCAUCGCAGGUCAAGGUCCCGCGACAGGGAAAGGGAGAAGCAGAGGGAACGUGAAAGAGAAAGAAGGAAGAAAGGUUUACCAGCAAUCAGAGAGGAAUGUCUCAGCAUCUGUACCACAACACUUUUCAUUGGACACUUGGCCAAAAGUACAACUGAAGAAGAAUUACGAGAGGAACUUGAUAAAUACGGAACUGUGGAAACACUGCAUAUUAUACCUCCACGAGGGUGUGCAUUUGUGUGUAUGUCGAGGAGGAAAGAUGCAAACAAAGCAUUAGACAGACUAAAGGGAUACAAGCUCAAUGGAUCUGAUCUGAGAGUUGCUUGGGCCCCUGGUAUAGGUGUAAAAGAAUCUGAGUUUAGGGAUAAAUGGGAUGUGGAUGCAGGAACAACCUACAUCCCUUGGAGCAAACUUCCAGAUGAUCUCAGUAACUUAAUCGAGGGAGGAAUCAUUGAUGAAGAAACAUUGCCAGAACAUCUCAAAGGUUCUCUGAUUGGGAGGGAGAAGCCAGAUGUUGCUGAGGAACAGAGCCAGCAGGCUCCCCCGCCACAUCCUCCCCUACCCAACAACCAGGGACCACCACCUCCUAUGGGGCUACCAGGACCCCCAACCAGUGGGCCUCCUGGAGGCCAGUUCCCACCACCAGUCCCAGGUAUGUUGCCCCCUACCUCUGUGAUGCAACACAUGGGAGUGAUGCAGCACAUGAUGGUACAGGGUGGACUUCCUGGACAGAUGCCUGGAAUGCCACCACAGAUGACCAUGGCAGGCAUGCCCCAACAGUUACAGUCAAGUCAGGGUGUACCCUCAGUGCCAGGCAUGAUACCCCUUCCAAGUGGUAUGCCAACAGUCAGGCCACAGAUUGGACAAAUAUCCUCUGCUGGAGGCUUAACACAGAUCACAUCAGCCACAGGGGUGCCUCCCUCCUCUGUUGGUAGUCUGUUUACCAGCACAGGUGGACUGCCCCAUGUAUCAGAUACUGCCAUCAAUGCUGCUCUGCGGCCUGGAUUCCCUGCUGGUGCAGGAUUUCCUCAGCGCUUUGGAAUUAAUCUGCCACCAGGACAAGGUUUUAGGAUGCCCCUUUUUAAUCCAACACAAGGAGUCAUCCAGCAACCCCAACUGCAACCCAAGCCAUCACUGUUGGGAAUCAGACCACCGUUCAAUGCAAAUCCUGCCGACAAAAAGGAAGAAAAACCAUCUCUGCUAGGUCGUCCCCCUGGUGACUGGCAGCAACAAUCAAAACCUCAGCCACCACCAGAUUUCUCAGAUGAUCUAGACACAGAUGAUCGUGAUAUUAGAGAUAAUGCUGGUAAUGGUUCCCAGUCAAAAGAAUUUGGUGGUUUGCCACCAUUUGGAUCUCAGGGAGUACAGGCAGCUACAUCACAAGACAAUAUUAGUCCAUCUGGUCACCCCCAAGGGGCUGGUAGAGGUAUGAGUCAAAGUCUUGUACACCCACCAAAUGUUGGCAUGGCUCCCCCUAAUUUCCGCGGACCUAGACCAUUAAUGGACAUGAAUGGACCCAUGGGACCAGGUUCAAGAAUGGGAGGACCACCAGAUGGAUCAAACAGAUUCAUGAGUCCCAGGGGACCAAUGCCAGGAAAUAUGGGACCUAGGGGUUUCCAAGGAGGUCCUCCAGGGCCUGGUGGUCCAGGAGGGCCCAGAGCAGGAUUUAUGGGCAAUAGGCCGGGGAUGCCAUUUCAAAGGUUCCCUGGUAAUUUCCAACCCAGACCCGGCUUUCGAGGGCCUCCUGGUGAUAUGAUGAGACCUAGAUUUGAAAUGGGAGGUAGAAUGAAUGCUCAUGAUGGGGAAUUGGGUAAUGAAGAAGAGGAAGACAAUUUCCGUAAAGAAGAAAGCUUUGAUAGAGGACGUCCUCCAUUUGGUAAAGAGGAAAGUGGUCCCCCAGGACAGAAUUGGGGAGACAAUGAUGACAAAGAGGAUGACUUUCAAGAUGGGGGUGGAUUUAGAAGAGAUUUCAAUAGAAGGGAUAGAGGAGGACGAGGUGGUAGACGUGGAAGAGGUAGAGACAGUUUUGGGGGUAGAGAUGAUAGAAGGGGAGAUUUUGAUAGAAGAGACAGGCGUGAGGACAGGUAUAAUAGAGAUGACAGAGGCAGGGGUGACUGGGGAAACAGGGACAGAGGGGGAAGAGAUAGACGUGACAGAGACCAAGAUGUUCCUGGCUUCAGGGAUAGAGGCCGUGACAGGGACAGUGAGCAGGAUACAGGGGGAUUCAGAGAUAGAGGUAGGGAAAGAGAUAAUGAACAGGAAGGUCCAGGUUUCAGAGAUAGGGGACGUGAUCGUGAUGGUGAGCAAGAGGGAGGAGGCUUUAGCAGAGAUAGGGGUAGGGAUAGAAGAGAACGUGACAAUCGUGACCAGGACCGUGACAGGGGGUCCAGGAGAACUAGUAGAUGGAGUGAUGUGACAGAUGUGGAACUUCAAGAAAGUGCACCCCCCUUAACAGGGGUAUUACCCGAUAAACUGGUUGAGGAGGGUGAAGUAGGAGGUCCAAAAGGUGGAGAGGUUGUUGGACCUCGGGAGGAAGGAGAGGUAACAAAUACCCCUGCUCCUCCCCCACCUGCCAUAGUUAAUGUACCAGACAGUGAAGUAACUAAAGUGAAUGGUCCAGAACUUGAAAAGGAGGCCCAACAUGUUCCUCCUUCAGACAAUAUAGUGCCGGUAGUUAAACCAGUGACAAAUGGAGAAAGUGAGCCCAAGCCUGAGGCACCUCCCACGCGAGACCCAGAGACACUAGAGGAAGGCGAGAUAGAAUGAAAGUUAUGAUCAUAUUAGGCUGAUAAAUUUGUUUCUUUGUAUUGUGCAUCUUCUAUAAUGUUUGGUCUGUUCAUCUGUUGUAAACACAGAUGGCAAAAUGAAUGUGAUAGGAUACAAGUUGUUUUCAGAAAUUUGAUUCAUCCUUUAAUCUUAUCAGAAAUUCUGUAAAUUAAAACAGAACUUUAGUAAGAAAAUAUCUGUUGCCUGUUGAUAUUUUAGGGAUCGUGUUUGUAUUUUAAGCUGUAAACUGCUUAUAACCAGAAACAGCUAAAUUUUAUUUCACAGUUACUCAACAUCCGUGAUGUAAAACAUAAAUUAUAUGUAUAUAAAGGUAGGAAUGGCAAUUUAGUGUAAGUUGCAUCUUUGUGUUCAUUUUUUUUAGAAAUCAUGUGAAAUUGUAAAUAUAUGGUUUUAAUGCUGUGCCGAGCCCUGUGAAUGCAAGGAAAAGGAAGUGAGUGUGGUGUAUGCAUGUCUGAGAAAAUGAAUUGUUUUGAAAUUUGUAUUUUUUCUAGUAUAACAUAACAUCUUUAUUGUAUACUUCAUAUACCAAUUGUGGUUAGAAAUGUUGCCUGGAUACCUAAGUAUGAGUGUUCAAUAUUGGCCAUAUGUGGCAAGGAGAUCUCUUAAUGCAGUUUCAUUAAAUCCAGUCCUAGAACAUCACUCCUACUUUAUCUCACUACUUAAACUUUUAAUUAUCAGUGGUUUUACCAUUGACAAAGACUAAUUUAUCCUGAUUUUAUGGAAUUGUUCAUGGUUUAGUAAUACUAAAUGUAAUGCAUAACAUACUAAACAUGAAGAACUACUGAGAUUUACAUAAGACCUAACAGGAACACGCACACUGAUCAAUUAUAUGAUAGACUAUUCAGAUUCUAUAGAUAGCUUGAUAUAUGUCCACUUUUUGAGCCCAUGUCGCACAAAAUGGGCUGAUUGAAUCACUUUGUCCAUGGUUGGUUGUUCAUAAACAAUUCUUCUAAUUGCAACUCCUCUGAAAUUUACAUGGAAUCUUCUGUCAGUACAUAUGUUCCUUGGUCCUUAGUUGGUCCUAAAUGAUUUUUAAGACUUAUUGAUUUUACAAAAUGGCCAUCAGAUACCAUAGCAGGAAAAGUUUACCUUCACUACUUCUUCAAAACUGUCUGAGGCGAUAAUUUCAAAUUUAAGUGGACUUUAGUGAUGUUCAGUAUGAACUGGCUACCAUGGUAUCCAUAUUGCUUUUGCUAUGUAUAAGUAGUGUGUCAACGGUUAAAAGGUAGGUCAGUCUGAUCAAUAUAUUUACCUUCAAUCCUGUUCUUACAAAAGCCAUGUUAAGAUUAUAUCGCCUAACCUGUGGAAUUGCAAGACAAGAUAUAUAAAAAACAUCUUGAGCGGAAGGUUUGUAUUGACAUCAAGGUCACUUGGACCUGUAUUUUAAUCUUUGACCCUGAUGAAACAAAAAUAUUGUUCUGAGCAUAUUGCUAACUCUAUUUCAUGUAUGGUGAUUGUGCAUGAUAUAUAGGAAUAUCCUGACAGGAGGUUGGGGGCGGGGGAAGUGAUGUGUGCAUGAACAAUUUAAUUGUAACCUAUAUUUUGAGCUUAAGCUUCUGCCGAAAAAAACACUUGUCCUAAUCACAUCUCCUUCUUUAUUUCAUAGUGGAUCCAUCUUGUGCAGAUGGAGUGCUGUGUGGCAUAUUAAGGUCACCAUGACCUGUAACAUGACCUUCAAUUUGUUCAAAAAAUUUUCGGCAAUCUGUUUCACUUAAGAUUAUCAAAUUUGAUGUAGGGGGCAACAGGAGUGUCUUGGAACAUGAUAAGGUCACGUAUCAUGCACAAUUUACAAUUAGAUUGGCAGGUUAUCCAUACAAUGCUUAAGCUCCUCCAUCAAUAUUUAUACCUUAAUCACCCUGAGGUGGGUGCCAAGAUCCCUUUGGAGGGGGUGGUCCCUUAUUUAUCUUGGUUCAGAUAUGCCUAUUUUCCUGAAUGUUUUAAGUAUAUUCCUAUAUAUAUCUUUCUAAUUGAGGACUAGUAUUGCUUGACCAAAGUUCUCUGUAAUAAGUCUAUUCAUAAUUUGCCUAUCACUUCUAAAAAAGACUUUACUUCAAUUCUACAAGUAUUACAUCACAAAACCCAGUCCUGUGGGAGGGGAUAGACAUUUUAUGGGAAUAACUUUUGAUAAAUAAUUGUCCUUUUGAAUUGUGCCCACAAUGUCAAUAAUUUAGGAAUUUUGAACACCUAUCCGGUGUAAAUUGCUCUCAAAUUAACCUUCUAGGUAAAUUUUGCUCAUAUUGAACCAGUCAUGUACUCUAGAUACUAGAAGUACCUCCAACUAGCUAACUUAUUUAAUGUCAGAAUGUAAUGUUGGGUUUGUGAGAGUAUAAAUUUCAGAUGGACAUCCUUGUGUAUACUGUUAAUGUAUAAUUCAAACCAUCCUUGGUAUAUAAUGUAUGCUGAUAAUGAUUGUUUAUACUGGUGAAAAAACAUGAUGCACGAGUCCUUGUGCAAGUGGAAUCGGUGUGCUCUCAAAAAGGAGAAACCUCCAAUAAAGUAAUGAAAUGUGA